CAUAAGUCCGAUGUCGUACUUUAUAUGAUGUUUAGUGAACUCAAGUGGAUGGAUCAGUUUUUGGGAGUCGAGGACGAUGCCUGACAAGAAUAGAACGAGAACGCAAGGAGUGGGCUCGUUCAUCAAGGCAGCAUUUUUACAGUAGUCACAGAACAAAAGUAGUCGUUGAUGGCGUCCAAAGGAAACGAAAAGGAGAUCGAUUACGUCUCGAAGCAAGCUAACCUCACUGCACAGAUCGAGAGUGAGCGCCAAGCUGCCAAAAAAUGGUGGGAUGAGUACGGCAUGUGCUACCUGGAGAACGCGCGGCCAGAAGACUUUACUUACGAUAAUCGUGUCCUGGCACUCAAGAAGAAACUCGACGAUCCCAAAUUUCAACAUGCAGCAUUGCAUACAACAAGCACAGAUUAUGGAUGCAGACCGCCGUUCAAGGAAUGCAGAAAGAAGAUAUGAACCUUUAGGUGGAGCAAGGCUAACGUUAUAACACUCGUUGGAUAAAGUAUACGAUCGAACAAUAUGACUGGAAUUUGCCCGCC